AUGAAUAACAACGAAAAGGCGAAAAGAGUCUGGUGUGAUGGGUGGUGCGUUUUUUUAAUUAAGUGGGUAAAUAGUGUUUUAGUUAUGAUAUGGUCCACUUUGGACAUGCAAAUCAGCUGAGACAAGCAAAAGAAAUGGGCCAGAAACUGGUGGUGGGAGUACACAACGAUGAAGAGAUCACAAAACACAAGGGACCUCCAGUUUUCAAUCAAAAUGAGAGGUAUAGAAUGGUCCGGGGGAUCAAAUGGGUCGACGAGGUAAGGCGAAAAUAAGUUUGGACCCACAGCAAAAACUUGUUUUCAUGAGUUUCCAGAAAUAUUUUAAAAAAUGCAACUUCAGAUCGUCGAAGAUGCCCCUUAUUCCACCACAAUCGAGACUCUCGACAAAUAUGACUGUGAUUUCUGUGUCCAUGGAAGUAAGUGUGUAUUAUAUCUAUACUAAAUGAACCCUUAGAUGACAUUACAUUAACCGCAGAUGGGGUUGACACGUAUGCUGAAGUAAAGGAAGCGGGAAGAUACCGGGAAUGCGAGAGGACAGCAGGAGUUUCUACAACGGUAGGUUGAGGAGCUGUCGUGUAAAAUAAGAUUUCAGGAUCUGGUGGGAAGGAUGCUAUUGAUGACAAGAAGUCAUCACAGCCAGUGUGAAGAUAUGACUCCAGAUCACGAGCAGAAGGCCCACAAGCUGAGCACAGUAAGAAAAAGAAAAUAUUCUUUAUUUGAAGUGGUUUGUUUUUGUGAAACUUUAAUAAGGUUGUGGAAAGUAACUGUUCUAUUGUAUAUUAAAACACUAACCGUAUUUCUUCAGGAUCACGGAGCCGGUUCCCCAUGGACCAGAGUCUCCAAGUUCAUGCCUUCAACUCAGACCAUUCUCCAAUUCGCUGAUGGAAAAGCCCCAGCGCCCGGAGAUACGAUCGUUUAUGUCUGUGGAGCUUUUGAUCUCUUCCACGUUGGUCAUCUCUGUUUUCUGGAAGAGGCCAGGAAACUGGGAGAUUAUUUGAUUGUGGGAAUCUAUCCAGAUCAAGUUGUAAACAGCUACAAAGGGAGAAACAAUCCGAUCAUGACAUUACACGAACGAGUUCUCAGUGUUCUUGCUUACAAAGUAAGGUUUUAGGGUAAUUCGCGGAGUUUUAUUUUUUGAUUAUUUUAAGCCGGUCAGUGAAGUUGUUAUCGGUGCUCCGUAUGAGGUGACCCGUGAACUGAUUGACAGAUUCCGGAUUGAUAUUGUCGUGAACGGAGUCCGAGGGCAUCAUCAACAUGAUGGAAUCGACCGCUUCCAUGUCCCAAAGACACUGGGAAUCUACCGGGAAAUUGAAAGUGGAAACAGAAUGACUACAGACAAGAUCGUCGAGAGAAUCAUCGCCCAUCGUCAGGCAUUCGAAUCCAGGAAUCAAAAGAAGGAACGGAAGGAAAUAGCUGCCUUUGAAGCAUUGAAAAGGCUGCAGCAACGUCAGGGAUUGUUUUGCACCAAUCAAGUUAUUUCGAUCCACGAACAAAACUAG